AUUACAUAAAUUAAAAAUUACCAAAUAUACAUAAAAAAAAAAUAUGACAAAGAGUGGUAGUGGUAUUUCAUUUUUUGGUAGCGUGGCACUAUUAAUCUCAUCUAUGACAGGUCCCGGUCUCGUCACUAUACCAUUACUUUUUCAGACGGCAGGUUGGUUAAUUCCAGUUAUUACGUUUGUUGUGGCUACCGUACUAAGUGGCGCAGCAUCAUUAUUUUUAUGCGAAGCUUUAAGCUCAGUAUCCGGCAAUAACAAAUUUCAAAAACAAGUUGAAUUUUCUCAACUUUCUUCUAUACUCGUGACGAAUAAAUAUUAUAAAAAUCUUAUCCAAACAGGAUUAUUCAUUUCAAUGCAAUCAUUCAAUAUAGCAUCAAUCAUAUUAUCAGCACAAACAAUGGAUUCAUUAGUAAUUUCAAUAAUUGGAAAAACUUGCGGCAUUGGAAUUCAUCCUGAUGCUGGAUUCUUUUGUGUAAAUAGACAAAAAGCAGAAGGAAGUCCAUUCGAAGAACGUUAUAUGCUAUUAACUGCCGGUUAUCUGAUUGCUUUGUGUAUAACAGUUCCUAUGGGGAUUAUGGAUCUCGUAGAAAAUAUUAAAGUACAAAUCAUAUCAUUGAUGACGUUAACAUUUAUCGUUCUCACGUGGUUAGUUACGUUUGUUAUUCAUGGACUUGAUGCAGGACUUGUUCCUAUGAUUGGAUAUGAUAAAAGUCAAGUUAUAGGAACUGUUUUAUUUAAUUACGCGUUUAUUAUAACAAUUCCGAGUUGGGUUAACGAUGUGAACCCAUCGGUUCCUAUUCGAAAAGCGGUUUGGUUUUCUGUGAUUACUUCAACGAUAGUUUAUCUCUUAUUAGGAAUUAUGGGAGGAAUGGCUUAUAAGAUGGGACCAGUAUCAAACAUCAUUUCUACUGUCAAUGAAUCACCCGAAAAAUCUAUUAUUAGCAUCAUUACAACUUAUCUAUUUCCACUGGCUGCAUUAACUACAAGUAUCCCAGUCUACACGAUCAUAAUUCGAUAUAAUUUAUUAAGGACUGGUUAUUGCGGAAAAGGUAUGGCGAAUUUGUUAUCUUGUGCAUUACCUUGGAUUAUAAUCAUUCCUUUCCAAACAGGAUUUUGGUUAAAUGCAUUUAUAAAUUGGGCAAGUUUGAUAUUUAGUAGUUCAUGUAAUUUUAUCCUACCAUUCUAUUUGUAUUAUAUAACUAUAAAGAAACCUUAUCUAAAAGAUGAUAUAGUUAAAGUAGAAACAGGAGGUGAAAAACCUGCUAUAGAAAUUGAAAAAAAGAAAUCUGGUAUAUCAGAUACAAUAUCGAUUAAAAGUGUUUUAUUAACACUCAAUGGGCAAGACAUUUCGACUCUCAUUAAUGAUAGUAAUAAUAAUAAUGAGAUGAACAAUUGGCCUUCUUUACCUAUUGUUGUAAGUCCACCUUCUCCAAAUGAGAAACAUCUUUUACCUCCUAUCUCCCAUUCUCAAUUAUUAGAAAAUAAUCCUAUACGUAAGAAAUCACAUGAAUCCAUUCAAACUACAAGAACUUCUUUGUCUAUACGAACUUAUCGUUCAAGUCCAAAAAUCAGUCCAAAAGUCAGUCCAAAAGUCAGUCCAAUAAUUAUAUCAGAAAAUCAUCCGGGAGGAAAUUAUUUCGAUUUAGUUGUAAUAAAUACGUCAAAUGCAGCAACAGAAACUACAACGCAACAUGAAAUUGAAUCAGAGAAAACUCAUCAUCAGAUAACUUCAGCGAAUUAUCUUGAUAUACCAAUACCACAACUUAUUUUAAGUGGAGAUCAUUCUCCUUGUUCAACACCUGUUAGAAUUCGAUCACAUUCAACAAUGACCGCUGAUUAUAACAUACAUCAUAAUUCUUCAGAAAAGCAGCAUUUAUCAGCUCCUCCUUCUUUAAUUUCACGUAAUAGUUUAAAACGAAGAAGAUCUCCACAUAGGCAUGUUAUCACGCCCAUAAUCACUUUGAAUAAUAGUCAAUUGGAUUCAAAUGUUGAUCCACUUGAUACUCAUUUUCGUCAAAGAUUUUGUCAUCAUCAUCCUUCAAUUAUAUCCAGCGAUAAUACUUGUGAUAAUUCUCAGAAAAGUGAUUUAAAUAAUUAUAAUUUUAAGGCAUUCCCGUGGAUCUCGGAAAUUAGUGGCAUGAAAAUUGCUAUUGGAUGUAGUGCAAUUUCUAUCAUGUUAGUUGGUGGUAUUAUAAUUUAUGAUUUAAUUUUAUUGGCACUGGGAACGAAUGUUUUUAGUAUACAUCAUGAUACAUCAUGAUAAAGGAAAUAAGAUUAGAUUAUUAUUAUAUUAAUAUUAAAUAUUAAAAUUUUUUUAUUCCCU